AUGGCAAGUUAUUCUGCAAAUAACAGAUCCAUCAGUUUGCCAAGCAGAUCACAUCCAGCAACUGAGAAAAUUGAAGAGGAGUUCAGCAAGUUCCAGACUUGGGAAAAUUCAGCCUCAUCAACUGCAGAAGCUGUUUACAAUGGUUUACUUGGUUUGAGAGAGGUGCAUAGGUACAUUAGUGAUCUUCUCAACUUGCCCCAGACUCUUCAAGCCCUUUCCAAAUGCCAAGAUAAAAAAUGGGUCGAUGAAAUCUUGGAUAAAUUUAUGAGAUUUCUUGAUAUAUGUGAGACAACAAGGGAGCUGGUGUCACAGUUUAAAGAAAUUGUUAAGGAUGUUCAGUCCUUACUGAGGAGGAGAAAAGGAGACUUGAGCAUCACCAACUACACUUCGUUUAGAAAGAAGAUGAAAAAAGAUGCUAAAUCUUAG